CGCCUCCCUUGAAAAACCCCAAUCUUCAAAUCUUCCCAUUUCCAUUUCCCCAAUUCACCUCCAUAGCCGCACAAUCUUUCUAUAUCCUUAGUCAAUUCUCUCUCUAAAACAUGCCGCCGAAGUUGGACCCCUCGCAGGUAGUGGACGUCUUCGUCCGAGUCACCGGUGGAGAAGUCGGAGCUGCGAGUUCACUCGCUCCAAAAAUCGGUCCCCUCGGUCUUUCCCCAAAGAAAAUCGGAGAAGAUAUUGCUAAGGAAACUGCAAAAGAUUGGAAGGGCUUACGAGUUACAGUAAAGCUUACUGUCCAGAAUCGUCAAGCAAAAGUAACGGUUGUUCCAUCUGCUGCUGCUUUGGUGAUCAAAGCUUUGAAAGAGCCAGAAAGAGAUAGGAAGAAGACGAAGAAUAUCAAACAUACUGGUAAUAUAUCUCUCGAUGAUGUUAUUGAAAUUGCUAGGGUUAUGAGAUCUAGAUCUAUGGCUAAAGAAUUGAAAGGAACUGUGAAGGAGAUUUUGGGUACUUGUGUUUCUGUGGGUUGUACUGUUGAUGGUAAGGAUCCUAAAGACUUGCAACAAGAGAUUUCUGAUGAUGAGGUUGAAAUUCCAGAAAAUUAAACAGGUUAGAUGAAUUGUUUUUUUGGUAUCCCUCAAAUGAUCAUUGUCUUUAAUGAGAGAAUUAUUGUUAGCGUUUUUAUGGAUGAAAUUUGCAUUGUAAGGGAUCAGAAAAACUAAUGUUAUUUUUGAAUGUUUUGGAUAUUUGUUUUCUUUUCCUUUGUUCCCUUCUAUAUUUCAAAUGUUUUCUUGGAUAAUUUGGGAAUUCUUCCUUAUAGUUUUUUACGCAAAUAAGUCUCUUUUGUGUUAUGCA